GUUACGCCGCUGGGUCUCAUUAUGCACAUAAAGGUGCAGCAUCAAACUUUAUCUGUCUUCCUGAAGAGCCUCAGUGGGGAGAUCGAACAGCAGCUGGUUAUCUUGCUUAUGCUUUUGGAACUGAAUACGAGAGCAAUAUGUUUGGAGAAAAUGCACAUCAACAAGACGUUCCUUGCAGUGUUUGCCAGGCUAAGACAGGAUCUGUAUUCACCAGAUGGGGAAGAAACGAUUGUACGAAGACUUCAACUCUUGUUUAUAAAGGAUAUGCUGGAGGAUCACAUUACUCUCACAAAGGUGCAACAUUGAACUUCCUCUGCCUCCCAGAAAAUCCCCAAUGGGGUGAUCGGAAAGCAACCAAAGAUCUGGCAUUUGUUUAUGGUACUGAAUAUGAAAGCACUCUUUUCGGGGGGAAUGCUCAUCAACAAGACGUCCCCUGCAGUGUAUGUCAAGUUGAAAAAGGAUCCUUUUCUAUCAUGAUCCCUGCCAGAACAGCGUGUUAUACAGGAUGGACAAUGCAGUAUAAAGGAUACCUCGGAGCUGGGUACCAUAACCACAAUGCUGCAACCGAGUAUAUCUGCGUUGACGAAAACAUACAAUUAUUACCAGGGGGAAUCGAAAAUAAAGAUGGAAAGCUCAUUUAUCCUGUAGUUUCAAAAUGUGGGUCCUUACGGUGCCACCCUUAUAUCGAUAAUAAACCUCUUACGUGCAUUGUGUGUUCCAAAUAAUUCUCUAAAGUAUAUCUCUGUGUAUAUUUCUGUAUAAAAAAUGUGUCGAAUAAACAUUCCAUUUCAUCCCAAACUGCCCCUACUUACAUGUACGUUCAAAUUGUUCUUUGCUAUUUGUCUAUUUUUAAAUACAAUAGGUAGCCACCAAAUUAUUCCCUGGAUAUAUUCCCCUUCCCUCGUUUUUCAUCUCAAAUCUAUCUGCUUUGUAGUGUUCUGACGUAUCUUAUUUGUUGACUUGAUUACUGAGUAUAGCAUGUAAAGCAGAUCUACAUAUAAAAAAUCAUCGAAAUGUGCAAAUUUUAAAUAAAAAGGCACUUUUUAUAUAAAGUAUAUUAUGUUGAAAUAACAUCAGAAGAGAAAAGUGGAUUCCGGUAGGGGGCUUUUAACAGGUUGACCUACGUUUUAUUCUAUCUGUGUAUGGCAAAUUGUCAGAUGUUUAUAUAUUAAAACAGCAUUGUUGUGUAUUAUAUUAUAUUUUUGUAUUAUUAUGUAUUAUUUACUUUUUAUUUUCAAAAUUAUUAUAAUUGUUUACUAUAAAGGAGUGGAACUGUGGACUGAAAAACACUUGACCUAGGGUCCCCCCCCCCCAGUUUAGACUCAUUGAGAGUCAUUGUAUUAUAUGUUACAUGUACUAUUUGUUAUCUUGUAAACUGAUGGGCUGUAUUUCCCAAAGUUAUUUUCUGAAUAAACUUUUACACUUUUGCUUAUGCAAUGAGUAC